GGGGUAACAACGUUUUGUCGAGGCAAUAUACAAAAUGAACUUCUUUUCAGCAUUGCCCUUCGGGCAAAGGAGAGCUUUCUCCCGCUUUGCACGCGCGUCAGCUGAUCUAAGAGCAAGCCUACCCAAGAGAAUUACACCUAAACAUCACCAAAAACCACUGGGAUCGUAUCCGUUCCCCCCGGAACAUGAAAUGCUAUGGAAAAACCGUCGCCAGGUACCCGGAGGGUACUUUCACCAGGCCAUUUCGCCAUUUCAGCUGAAGUUUUGUUACCCACUUAUACAUCAAGCAUAUGCCCGAAUUUGGGCCAAGACAUCUCAAAUGUUCUGGUGGGUCAUCUGGCCCACAACAAUGGCUAUUACCGGGUUUCUCGCCGUUGAAGCCAUCAAUACCAAAUAUGUUAAAAGAAUACACUACGAUUAAGUAAAAUAACCUUGCCACAAACAGGCUAAUGCUAUAUAUAUCGCGAU